AUGGAGCUCGCUGGAAUCUUUGACGUAGGCUUUUCUGAAAAAACUUCCUGCAAGCACUGCAAGAUGCCUGCGAACAAAGCGAUGUCGGAAGCUAUCGCUGAAAUCCAGCAGGUCGAAGAAGCGAGGUACGAGGGCAAGCUUGCAGAGGCUGCAUGUGCUCGUCGUCAACAGGUCUCGGACCAGUUUCGACCCCGAGCGCAAGAGGAGAGGCUUUGCGUCGUUUCCAUUAAGCUAAGCGGUCAAGAAGAUUCCGUGAUCUGUGCUUGCCCAGAGACCUUUCCCAAAGAGGCCGCGUGGGGGCGGAAAUUGCUGGCAGGGGCAUGCGCCCUACGCCGUCAGGUCAUCACCGACAAACGUGCGCGCUGGAUUGGCAGCAGCCUUCAGAACGAGCACCCUGGACCAGCAGACCUUGUGGCCAUGCUCAACACAGGCGUAGAGGAAGCUGGGCCUGGUCCUCGACCCCCUGAAAGUUGCGCCCCAGCCGUCUCCAAUACUCUUCACCUCGCUUGCGACUCGGAGAAAUCUGUCGUCAGGAAAACGUGUAUUGACACUUCGCGAAAGCUGCCUGCGCUGCUGUCAGCCCUUCAGUUCAGCCUCGUCAUCUUUCAUUUGUGCCCGAUGUUUGGGACAGGAUUCUUUGGUGGAGGUGGUGGUGGCGAGGGACGCGGCCCGGCCGGCUUCUUUGGACAAAAUGGCAGAGGCAACUUCAAAGCGGAGUACGAUGUCUAUCCCGUUAGUUUCAUGGGCAAGGAAGAGCUGGAAAAGGGAAAUAAGAUCAUUCUGCCGCAGUCCGCGCUGGACCGGCUGGCACGGCUGAACAUUUCCUGGCCCAUGCUUUUUGAGAUGACCAACGUCGCGACCUCCAGAUCUACCCAUGGAGGUGUCCAAGAAUUCAGCGCGGAGGAGGGAGUUUGCUACUUCCCCUACUGGAUGAUGCAAAACCUUCUUCUGGAAGUGGGUUCCAGAGUAGAAAUCACCAACACGUCGUUGCCAAAGGGAAGCUUUGUCAAGCUUCAGCCUGUUCAUUCCGAUUUUCUGGAAAUCCACAACCCUCGGGCAGUCUUGGAGAAUUCCUUGAGGAAUUUCGCCACCCUGACUGUCGGGGACUGCAUUGUCAUAGACUACAAUCAGAGAAAGUACGAGAUUGAAAUUGCUGAGUGCAAGCCGGCGAAAGCGAUUUCCAUCAUCGAAGCCGAUGUAAACGUGGACUUUGCACCUCCAAAGGACUACCAGGAGCCCCCGCCUCCAUCCGCAGCUGCAGAAGUUGCGGGCGCAGCCUUUGCUACGAAGGUAGAGGAAGUGGACGCCGCGACUCCCGAGGAGACGGCGUCAAAACUUUUUGGGGGCAGCGGGCAGAGAGUCGAUGGGAAGCCAAUUCGGACGCCGCUGUCCUCGCCAGCGGCAGGUCCAUCUCCUCCGCCGAUGCCUGACGAGGAGAUCCUCAUGCCUUGGAUCAAGAGAAUACCAGGAGGUGUGAAGUGGACGACCCCACCGUACGGCUAUGGAGAGAGCCACAUGACUGGCGCAAAGGCAUGA